AUGCCUUCCUCAGCGCAUCAGUCUCUUCACGGACUGAGCAUCGGGAACUCGUGGUUCGCAGUGCAUCCAGUCUUCUGGACAUCUCAGCACCUCGAUCUCCUGGGGAUUCGCUUCGUGCACAUCGAUGGUCCUCGCCACGCAGUACAACCUCGCCGAGAGAACGCUGUGAAGCUUGACCCAGUCAAGGUUAUUUUCCAUAUCAUGCGCUUUGCCUCGGUUCCGGAACCUGAAGACAAGCUUAAGUCGGCCUUUUAUCUUCUUUGUGUCCCAGGAAGCCCUCUGAGGCCCAGGUCCAAGCCCCCGAAAUUCUUCUACGCGGAACGCGCCGCUCAUGAAACACUGUGCUAUGUCUUUCAUGUAACCAGGACUUCCACCCGAGCGCAGGCCCCGGUAGUUGGGUUCACUUACUACCGGGCCUUCAACUGGGAGCGUGACAGACGCUACACUCCACGAAAGCACCCCAAGGCCAGAUACGGUAAAACCAACGGCCCAGUCGAGGAGAUUUGUAAGAUUCUCUUGCGGAAGGUUACCCCACAGAAAUGGGAGGAGGACCCUUACAUCGUCUGUCUUCUGUUGUCGCUCGCACAAGCGCAGGCAAUCAAACAGAAGAGAGAAAAAGAAAAGCCGGACACUUUCCCUGUGCGACUCCUCGUGGCUGUCGACGGAGACACGGAAUUCGCCCACGUCUUCCAGGCUGAGAUUGACGCGCGUAUCCUCGAAGCACUCGACAAGCCGACAUUCAGUUUCAAUGGAGUCACAUGGCCGACCAUUACUCACUCGAAGGUGGCUUUCGGCCCUUACCCGAGUUUUCCGGAUCGCCUCCUGGCGGAGGUGCUUGAGUCUUAG